CAAUGUUGCGAGCAGCGUUGUCAGAGCGCUUUCAGACUGGAGGGAGUCGGACCGAACGAACUGGGGUUCCCAAAUAACGGGAACAUAGAGACAGACACACAGACGGAUGGCGGGACAGAGCCAAAGAAAAGAUACCGCAUAACGGGUACCGUGUUUAUGUUUUUCGUUUAGCUUUCAUUUACAAAAAAAAAAAAAGCUGGUUUAUUUAUGUAUCUUUUAUUUAUCGAUUGAUUGCGUUAUAAUUACCGUCCUGUGACAGAGAGGGGGAGGAGCGAAAACCAGAGGCGUCCCUGUGUAGCCUUACUUAUUAUUUGAUUAUUUAAAUGUUUCAAAUAAUUUAAUUGUAUAUUUUAUCAUAAUGCUUCUUGUGUGCAUGUAUUCGUGAGCUGACCAUAGCCAUUUCUGCUUGUAACCAAAUAUAGAGAACCAAAAAUAGCAACAUAACACCAACAGUUGUUAACCUUUUCUGUUCCGACCAUACACCUGCUACAACAGACAGCGAGAGAGAAUAGUUUUUCAUCAAAGUAAAACUGGAGAGAUAUUUAUUUACAAGUGUAAACCAAAGCAAAACCGAACGAGGUAAAAGAGGCCACUGUGACGGGAAGAGUCGCACACCUGUCGUGAUAAGCAAAACAUAUGGAAAUACCUUCAAGAAUAUAAUAAAAUAAUAUUCCAUACAGUUCAUGUCUAAGCUAUUUUGUAGCUACAUACAGGCCUAACUUUUACCAAUGAGAGAAUACCAGCGUUAGAGAGUUACUCAAUGUCUAUUCAUUCUGUUAAUGACUAAUAUCAACAGAAGCCUAUUUUACAUAGCUGGCGUUGUGUAUCCCGUAUCCCGACUAUCCGUCUGUGUGUUAGUCUCAAAUGAGCACCGUUCACUGAACUACUAAGGGACCAUAUAUCCACAUCGAUAUGACAUAGAUAGAGGCACCAAACCAAAAAUGUGAACGUAGACACAAACUCAACCAAAUAUUCUUACUACCAAACAUAUUUUCAAACGUCUACCUGGAAAGCAUAAGAAGAAAAGCAACAAAGAAGAGAAGACAAGCGCAAUUCGAAGAAAACUGCAAAUAAAAACCAAGAACGACAGCGGAUCAUGUUUGUUCCCUUGCCGGUGCCGUUCGUCUUUCAGAGAACUGCUUCCGACUUCAGCGCCUGGCGUCUCAAGUCCCCGCUGGCUCUACGCUCCAGCUCCGAUAUCAGGAUGUCAAAACCAGCAGAGGACGAGAAGCCUGGGGCAGACUUUCCAGGGGAGAGCACAGACUCUGAGAGGAAAAGUCCCGAUGCAAAUGAUCAGGUUCAGCCAAUGAAAACGAGUCCCUUCAGUCUUUCUCCUUCCUUGAGCAACACCAAGAGUAAAAGUGAGGCUGGCCCUGAGAUGACCUCCACCCAUGUGCCGCCUCCCUCCCAGCAGCAGACACCUCACCCUCACACACAGCUCAUGUUGGCAGGAAGUCAGCUGGCAGGGCUGGCUGCCCUCUUGCCUGCGCAGCAGCAGCUGUUGCUUCAGCAGGCCCAGGCUCAGCUCCUGGCCGCUGCCGUGCAGCAGUCCAACGCGGCUCACGCUGCUCAUGCCGCCCACGCAGCAGCCCAAGCCAAUCAGCAGCAGCAACAACAGCAGCAGCAGCUGACCAAACAAGAGCAUGCCCAGCCCCAGCUCACGCUCUCUCAGCCUAUCCAGCUCACCGCCCAGGAUAUCCAGCAGCUGUUGCAGCUGCAGCAGUUAGUCCUGAUGCCCGGCCACCACCUGCAGUCUCCUCAGUUCCUCCUGCCUCAGGCCCAGGGACAACCGGGGCAGCAGGGUAAGUGGGACCUACUAAGUUUGCUCUCGACACCAAAUUUAAUUUCGCUACCUCAGCAUCAGCAAAGCCAGGGGAGUCUUCUAACUACUCCACCCAGGCUGGGACUGCAAGCACAGCGUCGUCACGGUGACAGCCUCACGUCGUUACAGAGGGACAAGAGCGGGGACGGCGGUGUGACCUCCGGGGCCUCGUCCGCCCCCAUGACCUCGGUGACCUCUGGCCCGCAUGGCGAGGAGCCAAGUGACCUGGAGGAGCUGGAGCAGUUCGCCCGCACCUUCAAACAGAGACGCAUCAAACUGGGCUUCACACAGGGUGACGUUGGCAUGGCUAUGGGGAAACUGUAUGGGAAUGACUUCAGCCAGACCACCAUCUCCCGCUUCGAGGCCCUCAACCUGAGCUUUAAGAACAUGUGCAAGCUCAAGCCUCUGCUUGAGAAGUGGCUAAACGACGCAGAGACCAUGGCGAUAGACAACAUGCUUCCCAGCCCCAGCUCUCUCUCCUCCCCCAUGAUGGGCUUUGAGGGCAUGACGGGGCGCCGCAGGAAGAAACGCACCAGCAUUGAGACCAACGUCCGCGUGGCCUUAGAGCGCAACUUCAUCUCGAACCAGAAGCCUAACUCAGAGGAGAUCCUCCUGAUGGGCAAGCAGCUCAACAUGGAGAAGGAGGUGAUCCGGGUCUGGUUCUGCAACCGGCGCCAGAAAGAGAAGCGCAUCAACCCCUGCAGUGCAACCCCUCCCCUGCCCAGCCAGUCCCCCCUUGUGACGCACAAACCCCCCUGCUACAGCCCACACAUGAUGUCUAGUCAGGGGCUGCACCAGGCUGCCACCAGCCUCAGCACAACAGUGACCAGUCCAUCGCCCUCGGCAACCUGCCCUAUGACCCCCAGUGGCUCUGCAACUAUGAGCUCCGCCCCGUCCUCUGUUACUCCGCCUCCACACAGCACAGCCAGCAACGCCCCUCACACCCUCAGUGCCCACAGCCUGAACUCUGGGAACACAAUGAUGGGAGUAAGCACAGGGAUGAACCAGGCUCUCAUCAGCAGCAAUCCCCUGGCCACAAUGCAAGCUCUGGCUGCCAGUGGUGGGCAGCUGCCCAUUUCCAGUCUUGAGGGCGGAGGUCAAAUGAUCCUGGGCGGGGCUGGGGUUCGCCCCUCCCUAUUCCUCAACCGCCACACCCUCCUGCCUAUGGCGUCCCACCAAGCCUGCGUGGGAUUGGUCGGCGGUCCCAGGGGCGACUCUCCGCCCCCCCGCGCCAGCGGCAUGGACGUCGACUCCUGCUCCGCCUCUCCCUGCUCCAGCCCUGCCUCCUUCUGCUCGUUCAGCGAAGCCUCACCGCCGCCACUUGGCGGGGCCAUGGCCGAGUGACGACGACACAACCCAAAGGAUCCUAUCAGAAGGAGGAGGAGGAGGAGUUUUAGUGGAGCUUUACAGAAACACCUCGCCUUUCAACCAAAGCCAUCUCUCUCUCCCUCCAUUUGUCGCCUUCGCUCUCUCUCCCGGAGUCUUUCGAAGCCAAAAAAUACACAGAUUGAAAGAGGAAGAAGAGAGCGAGGAAGAAUGGAGAGGAGGAGAGAACAGGAGAACGGGGAGAUUUAAACCAAAAAAAUGAUCUAUCUAUACAGUUGGAGAGGUGGCAUUGUGGAACGUUUUGUCGGCAGUGAAUGCUAAUAUACAUUUACUCCUUUCUCUGGAAAAGAACAAAUGAGCUGAAAAAAAACGGAUGACAAAGAGGGCAGGGAUGACAACUGAACUAAGACUUUGUGUGAGAGAUGGGUGGCAAGGACAGGAAAGGAAGGAAAGACUUUCAACAAGCUUCAGCGGAUGGAUGGAAAGAAAACCAAAUAAAAAAAAAACCUAGAAGGGAAAAACACACAAAGAUAAAAAUGACAAACAUGCCAAAAUCUCCAAAACCGAAAUACCAAAAACUGAAACCAAAAAAAACGGAGAGAAAAGCUUUACUUAAAAGACUUAUGAUUCUGAUCUGUCCAGGAUCAGCACAUCACCCACACUCAACAACGCCAAAAACGUAUUAUUUCAUCGUAAUAUGUUCUUUUUAAGUUUUGCAACACAUAUUUUUGUAUUUUAUAUGAUUUGAGCAUUGGGUUAUGUCAUACCAAAUGAACAUGAUUUGAUAUAGAUAUCUUAGUAGUGUCAGUCCUCCCACAUAUCUUUGCCUACCUCUCUAGUGGCUGUACAUUUUCAACCUAUUUACAGUACAAAGCCGUGUUGUGGAUUUAGCAGUCACCUCGAAUAACAAUUAAUAACUUUACAACUUAUUUUGUGGUUUAUUUUCCUAAUCAAUUUCCUUUGUUUAUUUCACAUUUUGCUCAUUGAAUCCUCAUUGUCAUGAUCAUCAUAAUUAUCACCCUCGUCAUUAGGGUUAUUAUCUUCAACAUUUGUUUAAUAUGAUGAGAUAUUGUUGCCUCCUUUGUUUCAUAACUUCUUAUGUCCAAUUCCCUAGCACCCUCCUCUUGCGUGGAUAAGGGCACUGGGCCUUUUUCUCAAAUGUUUUAUGAGAUUGGAGAACACAUUGGGAGGGAUGUUAGACCAUACCUCCAUGCAGAAUAUUUCCAGAUCCUGUGUCUGCUCUUAUGGACUUCCCUCUUCAAUUCAAACGACAAUGGGGUUCAAGUCUGGAGACUGAGAAGGCCAUUGCAAAAUGUUGAUUUUUGUGGCCAAUUAAACUUUUCUUUGUGGAUUUUGAUUAGUGCUUGGGAGUUAUUGUCUUGCUGGAAGAUCCACUUGUGGCAAAAUAGCCCCAUAACGUCAACGAUCCACCACCAUAUUUUACCGUAUGAGGUACAUUUCUGCCUAUUCUUCUGUAUUUCAACGCCAAACCCACCACUGGUGUGCGUGACCAAAGAGAUCUCUUUUCAUGUCAUCUGAUCAUAGCACUGCCUGGAGUUUUAUAAACAGCAUUGGCACUUGGAUUGGAACCGGGUGUUGUGGUCAAAUUACAUGGAAAUAGAGCUCUUUGGCCACGCACACCAGUGGUGGGUUUGGUUUUGAAAAACAGAAGAAUAUGUAUAAAGGUACCUCAAGCCAAUGUUAAAAUAUGGUGGUAGAUCUUUGAUAUUAUGGGGCUAUUUUGCUUCCACAGAUCCUGGGGGGGUCAAUAGCAUCAUUAACUUUACCAAGUACCAACCAGGCAUUUUAACCAAAAACCUGGUUGCCUCUGCCAGGAGGCUGACAGUUGGCCGCAAGUGGAUCUUCCAGCAAGACAAUGACCCCAAACACAAAUCAAAAUCUACCAAAAAAAUUGUUAAUUGACCACAAAAUCUCAAUUUUGCAAUGGUUACCUGUUGUUUGAAGGCUCAGUGUAGUUAUCCUUGCAAGGGGAGUGCGCUAGAGUAUUAAACACCGGGGUGUGAAUCAUUUUUAUCCUUAUCUUUUAUUUAUUUAUUUUUCUCUGAGCAAUUGUAUUAGUAUAAAAUAGUAUAUAAUUUCCACACUUUUUUUGCAAACAAUAUAGCUCAGUAUUUGUAUAAUUUAUUUUAUACUGUAUUUUUUGCUAAUCUUUAUCAAUGUAUAUAUGAACACCAAAAUGUACUCUAAUGGCUGUUGCUUCAAGCGCACACACACACACACACACACACACACACACACACACACACACACACACACACACACACACACACACACGACUACAUUAGAAUGUAUCGAUGUUGAAGCUAAAUAAUCUUUAAUGCUUUUCAUUAUAUUUGUUUGCCUGUUUUUUUUUCUCAAUAUAAUUAAUUUUCAUAUCAUUCCACCGACUUCAUAUCAGUCACUUCUAGUUAGUCACUCUUGGAUACCAAAGCAUUGUUUCUCCCGGCCGGAAGAGCCGGGAAAACAAGUGUUCAGACAGAGACCUCAGCCGUGUCAAAAACCAAACACCCCAUAACAGAGGACGACUCAAAAACAAAAGGACAGCAUCCCUCCGAGCCCCCAACCCCCCUGUCCUCCAUCCCUUCUGCCCCUCUCCUUUGCCUCGAAAGAUGGGGUCAAAGAGCCAAAAAAAGAAGAUGAGAAGAAAACAAAAAGACUGCCCAGAGGAGUCAAAGGCAAAAAGAGGAUCUGUUGGAAACUGCAGGGGAAAACGGAGGAGAAAGCUGGAACGAAGGACCAAAACCAAAAAAUAACCUUACCAAAACCUACGUAUGAGCGACUUAACUGAACAGAUAAGAAACCAAAAACCAAAUACAACACGUUGUGGACAAAGAAGUGGAGGAGGAAGAUAAGGAAGAGGAGGAGGCUUUAGAGUCUGUCACAGCCUGAGAGGCUCCCUCUCUCACUCUCUCCUCCCUCCUCCAUUUGUGACCUCACUUUGUUCACCCUUUUCCUGGAUGGAGGAACAGCUAAUGACCUCACGGAACUGAAUUUAAGAAUAUAUAUUUUUUGUUUUUUGCUUUUCAUGGUCGGUCUGUCGAUUGCUGUAUGACUUUGUCUCAUUGCUUUCUACUUGUAAUGGGGAUGAUGGGAUGAUUUAUUGCCUAUUUUCAUAUCUGGUCUGGGCUAUUAUUGGUGUGCUCUGGCUUUUUUUCAUUAGGUGGUUGGAAAUAAUACUGUGAAAAUGUAGCUUCAAUUUUUUUUCUUUGAUCAAGAAUGUUGUGAAAAAGCCAAAACUGAAUACCAAAAGCAAAACUGUUUGACACACAGACAUACCAAAUAACAACCAAAUCAAUGCACAAUUGUCGGAGAGGAACAGUUGGAUAACUGUGUUUGUGCUAGGGUUUUUUGGACAGAUAUGUAGAGAGACUGGUUGAGAGAGAAAGGUAUGUGUGUGCGUGUGUGCUUGCGUUUGUGUGUGUGUGUGUGCAUUCAGGCAUGCUUCCAUACAUGAUUGCGCACAUACCUGUGUGUGAGAUAUGGAUGGUGUGUAUGUGACAGGAGAGCAAAAGAGAGACAGAAUGAGUGUGUAGAAAGAGCUAUUCUCUCGCAUAUUAACCAAACCAUAAAGAUUCAGUACACACUCUUCUGUCUAGUGUGCCACAGAAUACUGUUCGAUAAACACAUGGAACUUCACACGUGAAAUGAGGCAUACUUGGGCACAUAUAGGCAGAUAUUAAAGGCAACCAAUAAUAAUAUUGUUGGGAGGGGCGGGCGGAAAUCAACUGAAAACCAGUUGACCUACCCUUUAUAGGGAAUGUAUCUGUUAGUGCUUCAAUAGAUUUUGUAGGAAAAAAGCUAUAUCUUCUACUGCUAAUGUAUAAAAGGCUGUGAAAUGAUCCUUGAUAAAAAUGUUGACGAUAACGAUGACUUGAUUUUAGACCAACAGCUUUAAACUAUCUCUCUUGGGAUCUUUGUUUUGAAGGUGUAUAUCUAUUCAUGUGAGGUGGAAGAUGAGUUUCUUUGCAAAAGAUUUGUAUGUUACGAACUCUCACUUGUUUGUUUAUUGAUUUAUUCAAUGAUGUAAUUCUUUUUUUUCUAUUUCGGACCAUUGUAAUAGUUGGGGAUUGUGAGGUUGUAUUUUGAAGAGAGGUGUUCUUGAGAUUAAGACAAGAAGACAAAAUGCUUUAAAACACAAAGACAAAAAGGCCUAGCUUUAAAACAAAAACUGAAACCAAAUGUAAAGACUGUUCUUGUAAUGGGUGUCAUCUCAGAGCCCGUCUCAACUGAUAAAAGCCCUAACCUGACAGAGAGAGAGAGAGAGAGAGAAUCAAACUGAUCCAUGAAAUGGGUCCAUUUUAGAGGAACACUGGCCCCUGAAAUUUCUCCUUUCGCUUUUCUACUUACACCUGUGUGUGCCGAUAGGAGUUCAAACACGUAUAUGUUCAUACUAUCUCCAGCUCUCUCUCUCUUGCUCUCUGAUCUCGUCUUUUGUUUCAAGAGAGCGACGUCAUAUAUACCUCAUGUACUUUGAUGAAAAACCAAAUAGACAGAAGCUUUAAUAAGACGUGUGACCAUGGUCGUCUUGGCUCAGCAGAGGGAUACAAUAACUGGCCUGGCUAUUGAGUUUGAUGAACAAGACUUUCCAAAACUUUAAAAAAAGAACAGUUUGUAAGCAGUUUCCUCGGUUUUAUAGGUAACACGUGCUAUGACCUCACUCCUCAGAAGUAGAUGCACCACUCGUCUCUCCUUCAGUGGGUCUUUGAUUUCUGUUGACAGUGCUGUGAGGGUACUGGAGGUGUUUAUGGCAAUGUCUCUUCUGAAAAGGUGUGUGUGGGAUAUUAGCGUGAUGAUGAUGCUGUACAGUAUGUGUGCCUGUGAAGGGCUCUCCUGUGGUGGACGGAGAAUGAUACCAAAGUUAAACCACCACAGUGAGACCCGACACACACAACACACACACACACACACACACACACACACACACACACACACGGAGAACACACACACACACAAACACGGAGAACACACACAAACACACACACACACACACACACACACAGUUAAUCCAUGUGUAUAUAAACAUUCAGGAGUCUUCAUAAAGACUGUAAAUGCUACAUAAUGGUAUUUAUUACCCUUCAUUGAUAUCAAAAGACAUACUACUGUCUUCAAGAGCACUUAAUGCUAUGAAGCUAUGAGCCUUGAAUUGUGACCAUUUUAUACAGUAGUUAUAAGUGGCUAUGAAUGUUUGUUUUAUGUGCUUAUUAAGAAUGUCCUCAACUUAUAGGUCUCCAUGAACUAAGAUAUUUCUUUGGCCUUGAGAACACAAAUAUGUCUGAACGUCACAUCAAAUCAAAGAGGAUAUAGUAAAAGAGAGAACAAACAUACUCAAUUUGCCCCAUAUGCUUUGUUUAUUUUUUUAAAACAUGUUUUUUUCUACAAUACAGCUUAAAUCCAAAGGUAAUUUAAUGAGGAUGGCAAAGAAAGAUUUUACUAAUGAAAACCUCAAUAGUGAAAACCAAAGAGCUCCACCACACCUUCUUUCUUUUACAAGUAAAAACUUUGCAUUUUUCUUUUUGAUGAUAAAAACGGCAAAAGUUCUCUUUAAUACAAUGAUGUUUGAUGAUGAUGAUAACUAUGAUGCUGAUGAUAACUAAAACACUGCUCUGUAACUUUGUAUCUGUUACGACCCAUUUCCUUUCUGUUUGUGAGUAACCUGCUUUUACCUCAAGGCUCUCUCUCUGAGUUAGUAACCCGUUUUUUGAUUUUGUUCCCAACUGUUAAACUGCCCCUUACUCAUCGCUAUCGGUGUGCCUGUUGUUUGGGGGGAGGGGGACAAAUGAAACAGUAAGUGUUAGGAAUAAAGUGCGAAUUUAGACCAA